GGUUUAUCGGGAAUCGGCGUUCGCUCCGCGUGCUGCCUGGCUAAGACUGGCGACCGUCUGCUUGCAAGGGGCCACCCAUCAAUGAGGCAGAGAAGAAUAUUUGCUUUUUCUUCUUUUGCAUUUGAAAGCUUCCCUGCUAUAUGUUGCAGAAUUAACUGUGUACUUUGGGUCCGGACUCAAAUAAAGGAGAAAAAUCAGUGCAGAACUGAGACUUGGAACUAGAUCUGUGAUCUAUGUAUUGGAAACCUAUGUUUUUAUUGCUUUUUUUUCCCUUUUAAUGUGAAAGAUCUCUGAUUUAUUUUACACAUAACACUGAGGAAAGGUGGUUAAAAACACUCAGCAAAGCAGGAGACAGACGCGCCUCUGUGCCAGUGAGUGGAUAACAGCCUUGUUUUCCUGAUCCUCAGUCUCCUGGAGAAAGAGGUAUAGUAAAAGUGUAGCUGGAUCCGACACCCCCCCCCACCUUCUCUCUCUUUUUUUUUUUUUUUUCCUUCCGUCUUCCCUCCUCCCUCUCCAAAAUAUAAAUCUUAAUAAAUCUGAUUAAUUUUUUUCCUGUCUAUAGAGUGAGUCAGAGAAGCGUUAGGAAGAAGCUGCAACUAAUGUCUGUGAAGGGAGGAACAUGAGGCGAUAGUGAAUAUGAUUUGUUCCGCUGGAUCUGACUCAUCCAAGCAGAUUGAAACACCUGCAUUUCUGGAUUUGCCAUUCACUUAUUUCAGGUUGUUAAAAGAACCUGAAAUAAAAUUUGUCUACCCUUCUCCAGUAUUUACCUAUACACCGUAUCGCUAGGAAGGGUGUAUAUCGGAGGGGGGAGCGCAUCUGGCGUUGCUGCCGCUCUUCUCCCCAGUACCAAGAUGCUCAGAGAGACUGUUAAAGCUUUGAAAGGAGUGCAAAAAAUGCAUCACACUGAUCGCGGAACUGCAUAGGUUUUAAUAUAAGCGAGUUAAUCGAUUAAAAGAUCUCCCGCUUUAUUCAUUGCCAGGAUUGUUUUUCCUCUUCUUCUCCCCUCCCCUAAAUGAAGAGGACUAGGCGGCAGUGUCAUUGGAAGGAGACGGUGAAUAGAAAAAAAAAGAGAGGCACUUGAUAGCGCAGCCCUGUGAAUACAGAGACUGUUUCCCUUUUAGCGAGAGACUGAGAAAGAGUGUGUGUGUGUGGUGGCUUUUCUUUCUUCCCCCCGCCCUCCCAUCCCCUCUCUUACGGUUUUUUUUUUUUUGUUUUUUUUUUUUUGGUUUUUUUUUUUUUUUUUUUUAAAUCUAUGCGUCUAGCCGUGGGUUGCCUGUUGCUUUCCUCUCGGCUGGGGAGAAAAGCAAACUGGAUUUAAACUGCAUCGAAAAAAGUGCAGCUCCUCAGACACGCAUACGCACACACGCAUAGAUACACGGAGAGAAAGGAUGUGGUGGUGGCGGCGGCUACUGGCCUGUCUUAAAGAAACCCAAGUGUGCUGCUGACUGAGCACCGUCUGAGCUUUCUCUCAAAAUAUAUAUUUACUGCUAGUGAUGAAGGCCAACUGGUGGGUUUCUUAAUUUUUUUUACCCCAAAAGGACGGAUGGGAGGCUGGUAGUAAAGGGAGAGAAAGGAAGCUAUAAAUCCGAGCACUAGUUUUUGCUGGUGGGUGGUUUGGGUUUUGUUUUUUGCCUUUCUUUUUUUUUUUUUUUUUAAUGUGUUUUGUUUUCCCCUCUUGCCCUGCAAUCCUCAUUCCCUCUCCCUCUGAUUCGCGAAGGAAACAGUGAUCCAGGGUGUACGAGACAGAGAGGGGGGAAAUACCGACGGCAGCGAGAUGCAGCUCUCCGCCGCAAGCAAUGCAAGAUUAGAUCUCUAAAUGCAGCAAAACACUCCCUGAAAACCAACAAGCCCGCGGUGCAAUCAGACAUUUCACUGCCGCUCACUGCACACGAAGAGGGCUUCAACAACAAGAUGAGACUUUUUUUUUUCCCUUCUGUCUUUCUCCUAACCCUCCACUCCAUCAGUCGUACCACAAGCAAUGAGUAGCAAAUAAGCUUUUUUACCUCUGCUACAGACCUGUGACCACCCCCUUUUCCUACGUAUAUAUAAAUACACAGAUUUAAAAGAUAUUUCUGAUAGUUUUUAGAAAGACUACUGCCGCCGGGUUUGUUUUUUUUUUUUUUAAUUGUUCUUUGCACAUCUGCGGGGAUUCAAGGACCGGGAACACAUCACCUGCCCGGACAAGAUAUUUUACAAAUUUUCUGAUUUUUGAAACCCUCCCACUGCCGAAGUUGGACAGACGAAGUAACUGUGAGGGGACUGCAAGCACGGCAAGCUCUUGCUGAAACACUGCCGAAGCUGCUCCCUCCCCUCCCCCGACCCCCCCGAUUGCUCCCUCCCUCUGAGCUAUAUGGUCUAUUUGCUGCCUCUCAUCCUGUGUCUCUGCAGAUGUUUUAGAGCAACAGGUUCGGGAACUUGAAAUAUAGAGGUGGGGAAAGAGAAGGGGGGAAAAAAAUCAAGAUCAAAAAGGAAGGAAAAAAGAGCCGUUCAGAGGAGGAAGAACAACCCCAGCCCAGGAGGCAAAAGAGGACGGGGACAACCCUGGUCUUUACUGCUGCUCCUGCCGCCCCCACCCCUGCUCGGGGAUGUACCUUUCCAUUUGUUGCUUCUUCUUCUGCUGGGCUCACGCCCUUUCGCUGAAGAACCUGAAUUACUCGGUGCCGGAGGAACAGGGAGCGGGCACGGUCAUCGGGAACAUCGGGCGCGAUGCUCGGCUGGCGGCAGGCGCGGCGGGAGGCGGGAUGCUGCCCUCGGAGCGUGGCGUUCCCGGUGGCGGCCCCGGCGGCAGCCGCGGCCCCAAGUCCACCUUUCGGGUGCUGGAGAAUUCAGCCCCGCACCUCCUGGACGUGGACGGGGAGAGCGGGCUGCUCUACACCAAGCAGCGCAUUGACCGUGAGGCACUGUGCCGGCGCAGCGCCAAGUGCCAGCUGUCCCUCGAGGUGUUUGCCAAUGACCAGGAAAUCUGCAUGAUCAAAGUGGAGAUUCAGGACCUGAACGACAAUGCACCAUCAUUCCCCUCUGACCAAGUGGAUAUGGACAUCUCCGAAAAUGCUGCGCCAGGCACCCGCUUCCCCCUCACCAGUGCCCAUGACCCAGAUGCUGGGGACAAUGGUCUGCGCACCUACCUGCUCACUCGUGAUGACUACGGCCUCUUCUCCCUCGAUGUGAAGUCCCGUGGUGAUGGCACAAAGUUUCCAGAGCUGGUCAUCCAGAAGCCAUUAGACCGUGAGGAGCAGAGUCACCACACCCUGGUGCUGACGGCACUGGAUGGUGGUGACCCACCACGCUCAGGGACAGUGCAGAUCAAUGUGCGCCUCAUUGACUCCAAUGACAACAGCCCCAUCUUUGAAGCAGCCUCCUAUGUGGUAGAGCUGCCAGAGAAUGCCCCACUAGGCACGGCAGUCAUCGACCUCAAUGCCACUGAUGCCGAUGAGGGUACCAAUGGAGAGGUGCUCUACUCCUUCAGCGGCUACGCACCUGAGCGUGUCCGUGACCUGUUUAGUAUUGACCCACAGAGCGGCCUCAUCCGUGUCAAGGGCAACCUGGACUAUGAGGAGAGUGGCCUCAUUGAGAUUGAUGUCCAAGCUCGGGACCUGGGGCCCAAUCCCAUCCCUGCUCAUUGCAAGGUUACUGUCCGCCUCAUUGACCGCAAUGACAAUGCUCCCACCAUUGGCUUUGUCUCCGUUCGCCAGGGAGCUCUGAGUGAGGCUGCCCCACCAGGCACUGUCAUUGCCCUGGUGCGUGUCACCGACCGUGACUCAGGCAAGAAUGGGCAGCUCCAGUGUCGGGUGCUGGGCAGUGGUGGCGGGCCUGGUGCUGUUCCUUUCACCCUGGAGGAGAACUAUGACAACUUCUACACUGUGGUCACCGACCGACCCCUGGACCGUGAGGCACAGGACGAGUACAAUGUGACCAUUGUGGCACGUGAUGGGGGCAAUCCCCCACUUAACUCCACCAAGUCAUUUUCUGUCCGGAUCCUUGAUGAGAACGACAACCCACCCCGCUUCAGCAAGAGUCUUUAUGUGUUACAGGUGCCUGAGAACAACAUCCCUGGAGAGUACCUUGGCUCAGUCUUGGCCCAGGAUCCUGACUUGGGCCAAAAUGGGACAGUGUCUUACUCCAUUCUGCCUGGGCAUGUGGGAGAUGUCUCCAUAUACACCUAUGUCUCUGUCAACCCCACAAAUGGUGCUAUUUAUGCCCUGAGGAGCUUCAAUUAUGAGCAGACAAAGCACUUUGAGUUCCGCGUGCUGGCCAAAGACUCGGGUUCACCCCACCGUGAAAGCAAUGCCACAGUGCGUGUCACCGUGCUCGACGUCAACGACAAUGCGCCCCUCAUUGUCCUGCCUGCCCUCAUCAAUGACACUGCUGAGCUGCAGGUGCCACGCAAUGCUGGGGUGGGCUACCCCGUGGGCACCGUCCGCGCCCUGGACAGUGACUUUGGGGAGAGUGGGCGCCUCACGUAUGAAAUUGUGGAAGGCAAUGAGGAGCACCUCUUUGAGAUGGACCCCACUAGUGGUGAGAUACGCACCUUGCACCCCUACUGGGAGGAGCUCAGCCCUGUGGCUGAACUGGUGGUAAAAGUCAGUGACCAUGGCAAGCCCAGCCUCUCUGCUGUGGCCAAGCUCAUAGUCAGGGCCUUGGCGGGGCCCCUGCCCGAGGCUGGUGAGCCACAGGUGAAUGGCGAGCAGCAUCGGCGGCCACACUGGGACUUGUCACUGCCGCUGAUUGUGACACUGAGCACUGUCUCCAUCAUCUUGCUGGCUGCCAUGAUCACUAUUGCUGUGAAGUGCAAGCGAGAGAACAAGGAGAUCCGCACCUAUAAUUGUCGCAUUGCCGAGUAUAGCCACCCUCAGCUGGGAGGAGGGGGAGGCAGUGGCGGGGGAGGAGGAGGCAGUGGCAGUGGAGGGGGCAAGGGCAAGAAGAAGAAGAUCAGCAAGAAUGACAUUAUGCUGGUGCCCAGUGAGGGCGAGGACAGCCGGGGUCCCCUCAAUGUCAUGAACGUGGUGAGCAGCCCAUCCCUGGCCACCUCACCCAUGUACUUUGACUACCAGACCCGCCUGCCCCUCAGCUCUCCCAGGUCUGAGGUGAUGUACCUGAAGCCCGCCUCCAACAACCUGACUGUACCCCAGGGACAUGUGGGCUGCCACACCAGCUUCACAGGGCAAGGGACUAACGCCAGCGAGGCUCCCCCGAGCCGGAUGUCCAUAAUUCAGACAGACAAUUUUCCCGCAGAGCCCAAUUACAUGGGCAGCAGGCAGCAGUUUGUUCAAAGUAGCUCCACGUUCAAGGAUCCAGAAAGAGCCAGCUUGAGGGACAGCGGGCAUGGGGACAGUGAUCAGGCUGACAGUGACCAAGACACUAACAAAGGCUCCUGCUGUGACAUGUCUGUUAGGGAGGCACUCAAGAUGAAAACUACUUCAACUAAAAGCCAGCCACUUGAACAAGAACAAGAAGAAUGUGUUAACUGCACAGAUGAAUGCAGAGUGCUUGGUCAUUCUGACAGGUGUUGGAUGCCACAGUUCCCUGCAGCCAGUCAGGCUGAGAAUGCAGAUUAUCGCACAAAUGUCUUUGUACCCACAGUUGAAGCUAACGUUGAGACUGAAACAUAUGAAACUGUGAAUCCCACUGGGAAAAAGACUUUUUGUACAUUUGGGAAAGACAAGAGAGAGCACACUAUUCUCAUUGCCAAUGUUAAACCUUACUUAAAAGCCAAACGUGCCCUGAGUCCUCUGCUUCAGGAGGUUCCCUCAGCAUCGAGCAGCCCAACCAAGACAUGCAUUGAGCCUUGCACCUCAACAAAAGGACCACUGGAUGGUUGUGAAGUGAAAUCAGGAGCCUUGGCUGAACCGAGCAGCCAGUACUUGUCAACUGACAGUCAGUAUCUAUCGCCCAGUAAACAGUCAAAGGACGCUUCCUUCAUUGCAUCAGAUCAGAUGGCUAGGGCCUUUGCAGACGUGCAUUCCCGAGUGAGCCGAGACUCGAGUGAGAUGGACUCUGUUCUGGAGCAGUUAGAUCGUUCAGCCCGGGAUCUAGGCAGGGAGUCGGUGGAUGCCGAGGAAGUUGUGAGAGAAAUAGACAAGCUCUUGCAGGACUGUCGGGGAAGCGACCCUGUGGCCAUCAGAAAGUGA